UUGAUAGAAAAUGAAGGAGCUGAAACGGGGACCACACUUUCACCACAACUUGUGUCAAACUAUAAGACUAUGUGUUACAAGGGAGCUAGUGGAGAAGCAGAGAGGGAUGCACAACCAAAGAUCCUAAUCAUAGCGAAUAAAAACACUGUCACUGAUCCUGACUGCGAAGAGAUGCCAGAGGGGGCGGACUAUAAGAAACUAGGAGCACAUGAGAGUUGGGAUGACACAGAUAGGAAGAUAACCCAGAUGGGUUAUAUGGGGUGGCGACCACGCUUCUUGGAGUGUCUUAACAAGCCCGCCGUCUUUACAUCUAUAUUUGCUGUGGGUAACUUCUUUAUGGUCAUGUCUUACGGUAUUCUCAGUAUGAUUAUACCAACUUUGGAGUCAGUAUUUAAUCUGAACUCCAAGCAAACAGGCGUGAUCUUAAUGGCAAACGAUAUCAGUGGAACUGUAGCAGCAUUAUUUAUAGCUAACUACUGUAGCGCAAGAAAAACAAGGUGGAUCGGUAUAGGUAUGAUUGUGGUGGUGAUCGCAACAAUUCUACCAGCUUCAGUUACCCUAUUUGCAGAGUACCCUCUCCCCAGAAACCGCACUGAAGUAAGCUUCAACCAAACAAUCAGAAGCGAUGUUGAAAGUUACGGAGUAUGUAAUGAAUCCAGAUCAGAGUACGGUAUAGACGAGUCAGAAGGUUACGCUAUUCGAAACCACCAAUAUUACUGGAUCUUUGUCUUUGGUGCACUACUCCAAGGUUUUGGAGCAGCACCUCCAGGAAUAGCCGGCUCCACUUACAUGGACGAGAUCUUUACCCAAAAGCAGUUUGGAGUAGCGAUAUCCCUUCUUUACGUAGUAUCCUUUAUAGGAUACCCAAUAUCCAUGUUAGCAGGUUCUGUGUUUCUCCAGUACUACGUUACUUUCGACCCUCCGGAGGGGGUUACCUUUGAAAGUAAGGAGUGGGUAGGAGCGUGGUGGAUGGGCAUGUUCUUCCCCGCUAUCGCUGUAUUUGUACUCAGCUUCUUUGUGUUGCUCUAUCCGAGACAGAUGCCUGCAGCAAAGAAAGUUCUAAAAGACAAAGUAAGACGAGGUAUCACGACAGUUUUAGAGAAAAAAGAAGAGCUUGGACGGUCACUGAAAGAGAUAACAUUGGACAUGAUUCCAGCAUUCAAAAGAGUCUUUAAGAACAAAGCUCUGAAUUGCCUGAUUAUCGGAGAUGUUUUCUUAUUCCUGCAAAUUGGAGCAUACAGUUUUUAUCCUAAGAUAUACGCUUUAAUAUUCAGAUUGGAUAGUAAAUCAGUUGGGAGUAUAUUAGGAAUAUCCAACAUUAUCGGGUUUGCAGUGGGACUUAUAGCUGGGGGACUUCUAAUGAGGUGGAGGGACUGGCACCCGAAAACGUUGCAGUUGUUAUACUCGAUAUUGACGGCAGCUGCAGUACCUUUUUCAUUGGGAAUGUUGUUAUACUGCCCGGUCAACACAUACGCUGGUGUAGAUUUACCUUACUCUGAAAUACUCAACUCUUCUCAGCUAAGCCCUCCUUCUCUGACGGGGGAAUGUAACGCUGACUGCGCCUGCACCACCGCUUUCUACCAGCCAGUGUGUGAUGGAAAUGUUACCUUCUUCUCUCCCUGUCAUGCUGGUUGUAUGGACGUGGAACUUGUGGACGGUCAGGUAACAUCCUACACAGACUGCAUGUGCACCAAGUCUGGAAGAACACUCCCAGGAGAGUGUGGCAGCACGUGCACCACCACCAUGUGGCUCUCCCUAACUCUCACCACCGUGGGUACCAUCAUCGGGUUCUCCGGGUUCGCUGCUCAUGCCUACAUCUACCAGAGGAUUGUUAAUGAAGUGGACAGAACUUUUUGUCAGGGAAUUAGAUCUAGUAUAGUACGAGCACUUGGAACUAUGCCAGCCCCUCUUCUUUUUGGUUGGGUUAUUGAUUCGUUCUGUGUUGUUUGGAGAGAGUCGGAGGAUGGGACUGUGGGGAACUGCUGGGUUUAUGAUGUGGACAGACUGCUGCUGUGGUUCACGUUUCUGCAAAUGGCGAUGAGAACUGCAAGUUGUGCGUUUUACUUUGUUUGUUGGUACGUGUGGGUAUAUACUGAUAGUGAGAAGACAACCAAGCCUGCCAAGCUAGUAGGAGAGGAGUUCCAGUACACAAAACACACAGAUGAAAAUGGAGAGGACCAUUGUGAUAUUGCUAGUAAGGGACCUGUAAAUGGCCAAGUCGAAAAAUAAAAUCUUACCAAUUAUAACGAGGGUGUAUAGUUAUUACAAGAAUUUUACGAUUGAGUAUAGUAACUGCAGACUUACGGUAAACAUAUCCAGAUACUUGUUUUGCCAGGAA